AUGGGCGACAUCGAGGCGAAGAUUAAGGCGUAUCGUUUCGUGGCCGGGGCCGCGGUGUUUUUCUGCGUCGUGGCCAUGGUGUCGAUUUUCACCACCCUGCCGAUGGUCUACGGGUAUAUGGUGAGGGCGAGGAAGAUGGUCGACACAAAUCUACAGUAUUGCAAGGAUUCGGCCACCGACAUUUGGUCGAAUAUCAACCAAAUUGAAGGGCAGCUGAAGAACCGGACGGCCAGACAGGCAUACAACCCCGGGCCUCAGACGUACAAUACUCGAAGCGGAAGUACGCGCACUAAUGACGGACAACAUGGGCCAGAUUUGGUUGGCACGGCCGGACAAACCCUAGCCGAUCUAUCCGGAUCCGGACAUGGAAUAGGGCCUGGCGGAGAGGGACCACCCGGACCUCCUGGACCACCAGGUCCGCCCGGAGAGGCCGGAAAGCCGGGAGGCGACGGACAACCUGGAGCUCCGGGAGAAGCCGGCGCAAACGAAGCUUCGGCUCCAAGUGAGCCCGGACCUCCGGGGCCACCCGGUCCCCCUGGAGCUCCUGGCCAAGAUGGAAUGGCUGUGGAGGGACAGAAAGGAGCACCAGGACCGCCUGGACCACCCGGACCACAAGGAGCCCCCGGCAUGGACGGAAACCCCGGCCCGUCCGGCCAAUCCGGAAACGACGGUCCUCUUGGCGAAAAGGGCAUCUGCCCCAGGUAUUGCGCCAUCGACGGCGGUGUCUUUUUCGAGGACGGCACCCGGCGA